AUGGGUACAAUUCAGGAUCAGAAUGGGAUCUUGACACUAAAGAUCAUGCUUUCACACAUUAAAGUUUGAAAAAAUAAACUUUUCAGUUGACUUCUAAUUAAAUUCUGCAAUACAAAAACCAGCUUCCUCAUCAUACAAUCAUCACCACUUCAAACUAAUUAACAAUGCCUUUCAAAAGCUUUAUGCUUUUACCUUUCUUGAUACUCGGUGUUCUAUCCGCAGAUUCCGUCUUGGAAGAUGAAGCAAACGCUUUAAAACAGUUCAAGAAUUCAAUCACAGAUGACCCAACUGGUGCACUCCUGGAUUGGAAUGCCGAUUCCAACCACCAUUGCAACUGGACUGGAAUCCAAUGCCAUAAUAUCACCAGACGUGUCAUUGCUAUUUCGAUUCAACAAACAUACCUCAAAGGCCAAAUCUCUCCCUUUCUUGGAAACCUUUCCGGUCUCCAGGUUCUUGAUUUAUCUUAUAAUUUAUUCACUGGCAACAUUCCGUUCCAGUUGGGAUACUGCACACAACUUUCCAAGCUUAUUCUUUACACCAAUUCCCUCUCUGGUCCGAUUCCAUCAGAACUGGGAACACUCCGGAAUCUGCAGACACUAGACUUGGGAAACAAUUCCAUCACUGGAAUCAUUCCAGAGAGUUUGUGUGAUUGCACUUCUUUGCUAGAACUUCAUCUCGAUUCCAACAAGCUUAACGGUACAAUCCCAGAUAGAAUUGGUGAUUUGGUCAAUCUUCAGUUUCUUGGAGCUUUUAACAAUCUUUUAGAAGGUUUGAUUCCGGCUUCGAUUGGUUAUUUGAAAGAGCUUGAAGCUCUAGAUAUUAGUAUAAACCAACUUCAUGGUAUCAUUCCUAGAGAGAUUGGAAACCUAUCCAGAUUACAAGUUCUUCAGUUGUGGCAAAAUUCCCUCUCAGGCCGUAUUCCGUCUGAAAUCGGGAAACUCUUGAAUCUGCAGAAGCUAGACCUGGGGAACAAUUCCAUCACUAGAAUCAUUCCAGAUAGCUUGUGCAAUUGCACUUCUUUGCAACAAAUUGGUCUUAUUUCCAACAAACUUAACGGUACAAUUCCAAAUAGAAUUGGUGACUUGAUCAAUCUUCAGGUUUUUGCAGCUUUUGCUAACCGUUUAGUAGGUUCGAUUCCAACCUCGAUUGGUUAUUUAAAAGAUCUCCAAAUUCUUGAUUUGAGCCAAAACCAACUUUCUGGUAUCAUUCCUAGAGAGAUUGGAAAUUUGUCAAAAUUACAAACUCUUCAGUUGUUUGAAAAUUCUCUCUCUGGAAGCAUACCAACUGAAGUUGGCAGUUGCAAAAAUCUCACUCUUCUGAAUCUAUACAUGAACAAGCUCACUGGAAGCAUUCCCGGUGAGAUCGGAAAUCUUCAGGGAUUACAGUUUUUGCGGUUAUACGAUAACCAACUGAACUCCACAAUCCCAAGAUCUUUGUUUCAGUUGAAAUCAUUAAUUAAUUUGCAACUGGCGCAGAAUAAUCUAAGCGGGAAUGUUUCUGCGGAGAUUUCUUCACUGGAAUCUCUGAAGAGAUUGACCCUUCGUGAGAACAAGCUUACUGGUGAAAUUCCUGCAUCCAUAUCCAGGUUAGUCAAUUUGGAAACCUUGACAUUGAGCUCAAACUUUCUCAUUGGACAAAUUCCUUCAAGCAUAGGGUCCCUUAAGAAUCUCCAAAGGCUGCAAAUCCAGAAUAAUUCUUUGUUCGGGCCAAUCCCACAUGAAAUUGGAAACUUAACUAGUUUGUUGUUGUUAGAUCUUGGGCAAAACCAAUUUUCAGGCACCAUCCCUGUAGAAAUCUCAAAUAUUUCUUCCCUUCAACGCCUUUCGAUUGGUGAUAACAAUCUUGAAGGUCGGAUUCCUGAUAAAAUCUUUGAGCUUAAACAGCUCACUGAACUCUACUUGAUGAACAACAAAUUUGAGGGUCCAAUUCUGAAUUCUGUUUCAAGGCUUAAGAUGCUUUCUCAGUUGAAUCUCAGCGGAAACAGGUUUAACGGGUCGAUUGAGGAGGGUAUGACAAAACUGAACCGGUUGGUUUCAAUAGACCUGUCACACAACUUUUUCACUGGAUCGAUUUCACGGACAGUGAUUUCAAGUAUGAAGAACAUGCAGAUAUAUCUCAAUUUCUCAAACAAUUUUCUUACAGGAAAUAUCCCAAGUGAGUUUGAGAAGAUGGAGAUGGUGCAAGCCAUUGAUAUCUCAAACAAUAAUCUGUCAGGAGGUAUUCCUGUAACAAUUCAGAACUGCAGAAACCUGCAGAGUAUCGAUUUGUCAGGAAAUCAACUUUCUGGUGACGUCUCUGAUGAAAUAUUCCUUACUCUUGGCGAACUUUCUUAUAUAAAUUUCUCAAGAAAUCAAUUGGAUGGAAAGAUCCCAGAAAGCAUGGCGAAUCUGACACUUCUUACUUCGGUUGAUCUUUCACAAAACAAAUUCUAUGGCACGAUUCCUGAAGACUUCGGCAGCAAUGUGGCCUUAAAACACCUCAAUCUCUCGUUCAAUAACCUUGAAGGGCGUGUUCCCGAUAUGGGAAUUUUCAAAAACUCUAGCGUAAUUGGAUUACUUGGAAAUCCUUCUCUGUGUGUUACCAAUGACACCAAGCCAUGCACCUUCUCAACUCAAUCAAAUCAUUCACAUAAAAUAUCCAGAAAAGCCGUAUUGAUUUCUGCAAUACUUGGACCCCUAGCUUUGCUUCUUGUAUUAUUGUUGGUAGUUUUAUGUUAUCGUCAUGUUCGAAAACUGAAACUUAAAGAAUCUGAGGAUCCAGAACCAGAAUACACCCGACGGGCCACUCUCAAAAGAUUUGACAGAAAAGAACUUGAAGAUGCUACAGAUGGAUUCAGUGAAGGUAACAUUCUGGGUACAAGCAGCUUAAGCACAGUGUACAAGGGUACACUAGUAGAUGGAAGGAUGAUAGCAGUGAAGAAUCUGAAUAUCAUAGAGUUUUCAGCAGAAUCUGAUAAGAGCUUCAACAAAGAACUGAACACAUUAGCAAAACUGAGGCAUAGAAAUCUAGUGAAAGUGGUUGGUUAUGCAUGGGAGAGCGGGAAACUAAAGGCGGUGGUUCUUGAAUACAUGGAAAAUGGUAAUCUGGAUACAGUUAUACAUGAUUCUGCGAUUGAUCGAUCAAGAUGGGGUCUUUCUGAGAGAGUUGAUGUUUUGGUUUCAGUUUCUAGAGGACUGGUUUAUUUACAUUCCGGAUACGAUUUCCCCAUAGUUCACUGUGAUUUAAAGCCUUCUAACAUUCUUCUAGAUGAAAAAUGGGAUGCUCACGUUAGCGAUUUUGGGACGGCUCGGAUUCUGGGAGUGCAUCACCAGGAUGGAAGCAGUGUUUCCUCUGCAUCAGCAUUUCAAGGCACCAUUGGUUACUUGGCACCAGAGUUUGCUUAUAUGAGGAAAGUGACAACAAAAGUAGAUGUAUUUAGCUUUGGAGUAAUAAUUAUGGAGUUUAUCACUAGAAAAAGACCAACAGGACUCACCGAAGACAACGGAAUCCACAUCACUUUGCCACAGUUGAUAGAACAAGCAAUUUCAAAAGAAAUGAAUGAGCUGAUUGAAGUUGUAGAUCCUGAUUUGGCUUCCGACUUCAACACAAAACAGAGUGUUGUAGAACAGAUUCUUCAGUUGGCUUUAUGCUGCACUCGACCGGAUCCAGAUGAUCGACCCGACAUGAACGAAAUCUUAUCUUCACUUACAAAGAUCAGCAAGAAAGUGUAGCUAGGGCUUUAAUUUGAACAUUUGAAUCCAGUAUCUCAUAUCAUCCAGAUGAAUUUUAAAUAGCAAGUCUCAUUAGAAUAAUAUUUGGCAUAAGGAGCACUUACUUUGACCAUUUAAACCAAUUCAACUCUAUGUUACCUGUUCUUCUU